CACUUCACAUUCUAGGAUAUCUGGUUUGAGGUCAGUGACCAUCUCAUUGUGGUUAUCUGGGAUGUUCACAACUACAGAAUGUAAAUAUCAAAUGUUUCACUUUAAAAAAAUUAAAAGAUUAUGCAUACAUAUAGAUUUAAUGGAAGGAAUGUUGCAUAACAGUAAUUGAAAAAUAAAAAGGUUAAGAUUAGGAACAUGAAAUUCCCCAUUAAACUAGAAUCUGGUUUGCCUGGUUCAUAUAAAGACAAAGCAGGAAAUCCAAUUAAAUAGCUUUACAAACCAAGUCUUAACCAUAAUGUGUCAAUCCAGCCACUAUAUUUUGUCUUCUCCAAUGCUAUUCCUUUAGUUUUCUAAAUUGUUCCGUGAGAGGUUUUUCUCAGUUCUCUUCAUAUCCCUUGAUUGGAAAAUGUGCCACCUUGAACAAUUGGUGCAGCAUCUGCAGCCAAUCAUUUUUUCUCAUUAAAACAAGCACCAUAGUGAUAAAGGAGUAUUAUUCGGUAGUUAAAAAUCUUGAGAAAUGCAGAGAUUAAAUCUCCUGACUAUAAGGAAACAACAGUGAUAUUUUCAUGUAUCUCUGGAAAGAUCAUAAAAGAGAGAUAGGCUUACUGAUUGGAGAAAAAUAUACAACAUGCUAUUUUUGAUUUUUAAUAAUGGUAUAUGAAUCCUUGGCAAUGCAAAUGAGGCUGGUAACAUGCUGCACCUAAGCUUAUGUUUUAAAAAAAGAUGUUAUCAGUCUGCCAUUAAAGUUAAUAUUACAUUUUUAAGAAAACAAGCAACCCAGCUUUAAUAGGCUAUACCAAGGUUUAAAACAGGGUUCCCAAUUGUGAGCUAUAUCCUUUGGGUAUGUAGAGACUCCAAGGAAGGUUUGCAGAAUCCUUUAGUUGUACAUUUUUAAAAUAAAUCUGCCUUUCCCAAAGCUUAAUUGUAUUUUCUUGUUUUUUGUGUGUUCAGUUUGGUGUUUGGAUUUUUUAGGGGACUAUGUACAUUAAGAUUACGUUAAAGGGAGCGAUGAUUGCAAAAAAUAUAGGAGCUCCUGGUUUUUAAAAAAUAAAACAGUGCAGUAUUAGCUUGUCCCAAAAUUAACAUACUGAAUAAAAAAAACCAGGUUCGUACCUGAUUUUAAAAAGGUGUAAACCUGCAUCUAAAAUCAGCAUGUAAUGUUAAACGAAGCCAAACCGGUAGCAACUUGGUCCAAAGGUCGACACCUGGCUUUUAAGCGAAUGUGCUACCAGCCUGUUCUACUGCUGAACAUAGAUAACCUUUAUUGUCAUUUUUUACUGUGGGCACAUUGGCACAUAUUAAAAAUGAAAUAUAGUUUCUUGCUCUCAAAGUGUACACAUACAUAACACAUACCAUUUUGCUAUAUAUUCAUGUCGUAAAAGAACAUGGCUUUUGUGCUGCUGCUGCGGUGGCGGUGGCGGGAGCUGUGUAUAUUUGGCGGCUUCAACUUGGCGCGCGGCCUGAAAUUCACUCAGAAGUGGGCGGCUGGUCCGCUGGUUCCUGGCACGGCGGAGGAAGGGGAGCGGGUGGAGGAAACCGCCGGGGUCAAAAAGGGCCUCCUCGCCUGGCCCGGCGCCAACCUAGGGCUCGGGAGGUUCGGGGCUCGGUAUUGCGGCUCCGCCUCGGGCCUGGAUUGGCGAGAGGCCUCGGCGGAGGCUCCUCCCCCCCGAGUUGGGGCCGAGCGAGGGAAGGGGCAGAAGAGACGUCGGCAAAGCGAACCGCGGCGGGAGACGGCGGAGGCCCCUUUGGAGCUGGCCGCUCGGUUUGCCUCCUCGUUAGAAUGUGGAAGAAACUGGUGCAUCUUUGCACCUUAGAGAACAGCUUCAGUGUGUAGGAGAGAUCCUGUAUGUACUUAUGUAGACACUCUUUUAUGCCUACAGAAAUGCCCUUCAAAGAAUUAUAUAAAACACUACGGGUGCUGUGAUGUCUGAAACUGCGCAGAGGGACUGCUUUCUGAAGGUGUCAAAGACCCAGUUGGCCAUUGCAAGGGGCGAAACAAACUGAUGCAAGAGCCCUGGCAGUGGACUGAGAUGGAUUGGCUGUGACAACCUGCGGCUGGUGGAGGGGGGGAGGGAGUGGGGAGAGUGAUGAUGAAGAGUUCCUACCGAGCUGGCCUCCACCGGGAACUGCUGAAUUCUACGUCCUCCGCCUUCUACCCAGUCAAACGAAUAUCUGGAAUGCACUUAAAGCCCUAUCUCAAGUUACAGAAGAAAGAGAGAUCUUUUGAAAUAAGCCUGGACUCUCCAAGAAGCCCACCCAUGAGCGAGCAGAGAUUAGCAAAAGACGAAAAACCUAGGAACCCCAAACCAAAAUGUUUACCCAAUCCGCCUCUUUGGAAACCAUUGGGGAACCUCUCGACCAAUACACCCUAUAGUAGGAACAGCAACCAAAGCCAUGUGGAAGCACCCAGGGUCAAAGAGAAGAGAGCUACCCCGCCUGCCUCCAUCCAUCAGGGGGAAGAGGAAGAGGGACUGCUGGAUAUCUGGGCAGUUGUAAAGCCUGGGAACACAAAAGAGAAAAUAGCCUUUUUUGCAGCCCAGCUAUGUAGUGACGCCCGAGUAUUUUCCAUGAAGAACAAAAGCACUUGGGACAUAGAUGGACGAGCAACCAAACGCCGGAAAAAGUCACUAGAUAUCAAAAAGGCCAAGAUCCACUUGGAAAGGAUGAGAGAGGCCAAUGCAAGGUGCUACCAGCCUGAGCCAUUUGCCUGUGGCAUUGAGCACUGCUCUGUACAUAAUGUGAAUGAUGGUGGUGAAGGGGGGUUCCCUGUUCGACCGUUAUCAGUGGUUGAGAUGGUUGCUUUCCUGGAGCAAAGAGCAAGUGUUUUGCUGGCCAGUUGCACGAGAAACUGUCCCAGUGCCUCUGCUGUGCCCAGGUUUGCCGGGCAACCUAAAGUUUCUGCUCCUGGGUUCUUUUCUGACUUCAGGGCUUGCGAGGUUCCAUCUGAAAAGCCACCCUGUGGCAGUCACAGUCUAGAGCAGCGGGCUGAGCCAGUGCGUGUCUUGGAGAUGGUUGCAAAGCUUGAAUCGGAGUGCCUGAGGCGCCAAAGUGAACGUGAAGCAGGGAGCUUGUCUAGAAAUAGUAGCUUCCGGCGGAAUGUAGGGCGAGUGCUCCUGGCAAGUGGAAUACUACAAGAGAACGAGUCUGACAAGGUAUCAUCUCUGGUCCUCCACCAAGAAGAAUGUAAUGAUGAGAAGGUGGGGUGGGAAUCAAAGCACAAUGGCUCAGUGGAAGAUAGUUUAUGGGAAAGUCCCUCUUCUGGCCAGUCUUCCUUUGAUGAUUCUCUUGAAGGCAACCAUGAUCUUAAGCAUGGGCAAGGAACCAUAUCCGUCAACUGGUAUAAUUCUCAAAACACCACUGAGUUACAUCCCUCUAAGUAUUCAGAAGCUGGUCAGACAUCUCCACAUUUCUUAUAUAACAAAUCUUCAUCAACUGAACGUACACCAAAAGAAUCAGCAGAUGUUCCUAAUUUGAAUUCAAAUGUGAGAGUGAGUGAAUCCUUGAAUAUUAGCAUAUCUGUCAACAAGAUAGAUCAGAAUUGCAAAAAACCCCUGUCUUCUGAUUUGAGCUUUGGUGAAGAUUCUCUUCCAGGAAGACUUUUCUUGCUAUUAUCCAAAUGUGAAAUCUCCCAAGAGUGCCUGCAGUCAGUGGAGACUCCUACGCAGGAAUGUCCAGCAGGGACCCAAGGAAAGGAAGCUUCCUCUGCUGACCAAGUUUGUAUGAGAAGCCAUGUUUCAGGUGACUGCCCUGAUGUUUCCUCAGAGAAUGCACUGCAGAUCCUUGACUCAUCUCAUCUAAAGAGACAAAGGUCUCAUGACUUUUUGGAAACCAGGUUUAAGAUCCAGCAACUUUUGGAGCCCCAGCAAUAUCUGGUCUUCCUACCCCACCACAUUAUGGUGAAGAUAUUUGGCUUAUUGCCCACCAAGAGUCUGGUGGCACUCAAAUGCACUUGUGGAUAUUUCAAAUUUAUCAUUGAGUACUACAAUGUCAGGCCAGCAGAUUCACGCUGGGUUCGUGAUCCACGCUACAGAGAAGACCCUUGCAAACAGUGCAAAAAGAAGUAUGCCAAGGGCGACGUCUCGUUAUGUCGAUGGCACCCCAAGCCCUAUUGCCAAGCUUUACCUUACGGGCCCGGGUACUGGAUGUGUUGUCACAGAUCCCAAAAGAAUGUCCCCGGAUGCAAGUUAGGCCUCCAUGACAAUCAUUGGGUCCCCGCCUGCCAUAACCUUAAUCGUGCGAUUCACAAGAAAUCCAGGGAAAUAGAUGAGGACUGUUAGCACAUUCUGCACAUCUUUUGGGAGCCUCAAUCAUGGGUAGGAGAAUUCCAUGCCUUGUGAUGUUUACACUGUAUGUAGUUGUUGGGUGGUUUUUCUUUAUUUUUCCACAGGGCUACGAAACUGCACAUACUUUAAAUCACAAAGGCCUUUUUACCUUUUAGAGAAAAGAUUGUGUUUAGCCCACCCGUGUACAUAAGUGCUCUAGAAUAGCUUCAUUUUGGGUGUCUGACAGCCGGUUGACCAACAUCAAAGUGCUGCAACGCAGUACCUCAGUGUUUGCGGCUACAAGUCCUGUGUUUUAAAAGUGUCUCGUUUUCAAAUCUGUAUAUCAUGUAUAAAAUAUACAUUUAUAUAUAUAAAUAUAUAUAAAUAUAUAUUAACAUUGUUUCUGAAAGGAAACUCUAAAUAUGUAAAGAAUCAGUCUUCAAAAAGGAUGGUUUAACUGGACAACCUUAAAACGACUAGAACACAUUUGCGGUAGGUUAUAUUUGAGGGUGGUAGCAGGAAAAAGAAGAUUGUUGUCAUAUAACAAGAGAGCUCUGGUCUAUUGCAUCCACCUUAUCUUGGGUUUUUUUUUUACUUAAUAAAAUGUGCAUUCUAAAUCUGUCCUUUAUCAUUUUUUUUUCCUUCCCAGUGCUUAGAAAAAGUACUAUGUACCUAGUACUUAAAAGAAAUUAUUUGGGAAAUAAAUGUGUAUUUUGUGGCA